ACAAAUACGAGAGGAGAGGGUCGGGAGGAGUCGUCUCGCCCUUCCUCUUCUUCCCCGCGGCCGUCGUCGUCCGCGUCCGCCAGUCCACGACCAGCGGUGAGGCGGCGCUGGAUUCUUCUUCAUCAUUUUCUCUAAAACACCCACCGCCUUUUCAACGGAAUGCCCAAGAAGAAGGCCGCAGCGAGCGGCACGAAUCGCUGCUUCGGCGACGACAUCCUCCGGCACGUGCUGUCCUAUCUGCCGCUGGACGAUGCCCUGCAGACCUGCGUGCUCAACACCAGGUGGCGCGACCACUGGAGGCACACCACCGACCUGAGCCUCAUCUUUGACGACCUGAGCUUCGAGCGUUUCAAACAGCUGGUCAAGCUCUUCAUCCAGCUCCGCGGGGACUCGCCUCUCGACAAGUUUGUGAUCCUCGCCUAUCCUGAGAGUGACGAGUGCACGUACACAAACACCAUGUUGUUGAUCGAGUACGCUCUGAAGUGCCAAGCUAAUGAGCUCAUCGUCUUUAGUCAUCACUCUUACGACACAUUCGUACUCGGCGUGCCUCUCAUCUCCCAGCACUUAAAUACCAUACACCUUCGCCUGGUUUACCUAGAAAGCUCCUCUCUAGAUUUUUCGCACUGCCCGGUAUUAGAGUAUCUAAGGAUAGAGCUGUGUAGAAUUAAUGCACGCAGGAUAUCUUCCAAAUCGCUAAAGCGCAUGUGCAUUACCGACCAAUGUUCCUUCCCGGAGGACUUCCACGUUCGGAUAUUUGCCCCUGGUCUUGUCUCACUGCAACUUGAUGAUUUUCGCGGCUUGACACCUUCCCUUGAAUACAUGCCAUUUUUAGUAACAGCUUAUGUUGGGCUUGGCAUUCUAUGCCCUGAACUCAAGGACCGUAGUUCUCAUGCUUAUCCUGUUGAAGAGGGUGUGAUUCUCCAUGGUUUGUCCAAUGCUGUCAACUUGGAGUUGAUAGCUGAUUACAGAACUGAAAAGUUUAUCUACAGCCUGGAUUUAAAAUGCUGCCCUAUAUUUGACAAAUUAAAGACUCUAUUACUCAAUGAGUGGUUUACGGCUAUUGACCUAGUGUGCAUUCUCCAACACUCUUCAAUUCUUGAGAUGCUCACUCUUCAGCUUGAGAACACUAAGAAACUCAUUAGUGCAAUGGGAGCUCAAGAAACAAUAGAACUGUCAUUUGUGUGUGCCUACCUUAAGGUUGUCAACAUUGAAUGUAGAAAGGUUGAUGAUGGGAUUCACAAGAUUGUCAACAUCUUGACUACAUGUGGAGUACUUCGUCAGCAAAUUAGCAUCAAGAACCCACAUGCUAACUCAAACUGUUUCAGCUUCCAGAAGCACGAGCAACCGCGGUGGCGUACACCAUUGGCGCCUGAGAUGUGUGCUCAGUCGUGAUGUUGGUCUAAAGUCUUAUGUGUUUCCGCGAAGUGUCUGUAACGGUGGCCCUGUAUUGGCAGUUAUCACAACCUUUAGUUUCUCGCUUUCGAUCUAUUGGUCACGUGUUGUAAAUUGGUUUUGUUGGUUUUUGG